AAAUGGCAGAAGUCGCCCCAGCCCCCGCUGUUGCCGCCCCGGCCAAAGCGCCCAAGAAGAAGUCCGCUGUGAAAGCUAAGAAAGCAGGUCCAGUCGUCGGCGACCUUAUCGUCAAGACUGUGUCCGCAUCCAAGGAGAGGAGCGGUGUGUCCCUCGCCGCCCUGAAGAAAGCGCUCGCUGCCGGUGGAUACGAUGUGGACAAGAACAACUCCCGCGUCAAGACCGCCAUCAAGAGCCUGGUGACUAAAGGCACUCUGGUUCAAGUCAAAGGGACCGGCGCCUCGGGCUCCUUCAAGCUCAACAAGCAGCAAGCCGAGACCAAGAAGAAACCCGCCAAGACAGCGGUUCUUAAAGUCAAGAAGCCCGCAGCCAAGAAACCUGCUGCCGCUAAGAAGCCCGUCGGUAAGAAAUCUCCGAAGAAGGUGAAGAAACCCGCCGCUAAAAAGGCAACGAAGAGUCCCAAGAAGGCAAAGAAACCAGCGACUCCUAAGAAGGCAGCCAAGAGCCCGAAAAAGGCAAAGGCAGCCAAACCCAAAACGGCGAAACCUAAAGCCGCCAAACCAAAGAAGGCAGCUCCCAAAAAGUUAUAAAUCCACUGUUUGUUCCUCAACGGCUCUUUUAAGAGCCAACCACUAACUCCGAGUAAAGAGCAAAACUCAUGUAUUUGAAUGAUUUGUUAAUUCUGGAA